AUGGACUUGCUUCCAGUUUGUCGUGCAGUGCUGGAAGCAAAUAGCAUCCUAUCUUCUUCCAGAGAUGGCAUCCAGAUCUGUGAGACUUUGCAGACAAUUAAGAGGUACCUGGGCGGAACGGAAAGCCCGCCCUCUCUGAAAGAGAAGGAAGAAUUUAUCCACAGACAUUUCACUACCUUUCUGCAAUGUCUUAUCAGUAACGUGGGUCCAGAUUGGCUGGAGCUUUUCCCAUCAGACGAGGAGAAGGAAUUGUGGGAUAGCUUUUUCCUGGAAGGACCAGCAGACCAAUCCUUUAUGGUUUUAUUGGACUCUGUCAUUUCUACAGGGCCCAGUUUUCGUCUGAACAAAGUCACUGAGGUCCUGGAGCGAUUCCUACAGAGAGGUGGACUGUCCUCUUUGAUGUGGGAGGUGUGCAGGCACCAAUCUCAAGCUGGCUCUCCGGUGCUGCAGGAAGCGCUCCUCAACAGGGUUGUGUGUCUACCUGACCAUCUCGCCAACAAGCUCCGGGGAGAAAACCAUCCAGUCUUCUUUCCCCAAAACUACUUCCCGUUGCUCGGUGUGGAAAUCGUACGGGUGCUUGAGAGGAUCUCAGAAUCGCUGCGAGGUGGUUUGGAUUGCUCCAUCGCCUUCGUGUCUCAGAUAUUGGGGAAGGUCUGUGUGCACGGAAGGCAGAAAGAAAUCAUGAGCGUCUUGGUGCCCCACCUGACGGAUCGAACCCAGUCUGACUGCAUCUGGCAGCGAAUAUGCUGGCGACUGAUCGAGAGCGUGCCGGACCGCUGGAUGGAAGCAGUGAUCUGUGGCUUUGUUCGGGCAGCGCCAGGGUCUGCCGUGUUGUCCCGAUUGCUGGGGAAUUUGGUUGUCAAGAGCAAGAAGUCUCAGUUUGUGAUGACCCAGAAGUUGCUGCUGCUUCAGUACAGCCAUCCGACCGCAGUCUUGCAGAGCCUCCUUGGGUACCUAGCCCUGGACAGCACGCGGCGUCCCUUACUGAUCAAGGUUUUGAAAGAGCUGCUGGGGACCUGGGGAAGCAGCAGCGCCGUGAAGCACUCGCCUGUGGAGCAGCAGCUGUACAUAAGCAAGGCCAUCCUGAUCUGCCUCUCACACGUGAAAGACGCAGAAAUAGAGAGCAACAGGCAAGAGCUGCUCACAAGUGUGAUGGAGGGGAUGAAGUGCCACCUGGACAGCAACUUGCCCCAGAUCCGCCAUCUGGGAAUGGUGGUAGCAGAGAGCAUUAGCACCAGGAUAACGCCAGAAGGGCCUGCCCUGAAAUUUCAGUACGAAGAAGACGAGGAGCUCAGAGAACUCAAGUCCUUGCUGACUCCGAGAACAGAACAGACCCUUGUCGGUGAUCUGCCAGGCAUUGCGAACAACAGACCACCUGUGGCAUCAAGUGCUGUCCUGAAGCCCAGCGUGAGGCCAUCCUUGGGUGCUUCUGAAGAGCUGGGCAAGGGGGUCGACUCCGACCUGGACAGCGACGAUGACCUCGUUCCCUACGACAUGUCUGAAGAUAAAGAGCUGAGGAAGAUCAAGGCUCCUGCUUAUAUCCGAGAUUGUAUUGAAAUCUUGACAGGGCCCGAAGAUGCAGACAAGUACGAAGCCACCGUGGGCAUCCUGGAGACAUUGAUCCGAAGAAAUGCAGCAGCUGCACGAGAGGUGAGCGUGGAACUAACAAAAGUCCUGCUGCAUCUGGAAGAGAAGAGCUACAUCGAAGGUUUCAUGGGGCUCCGGCAGAGCGCUCUGGUGGCUCUCGCCGUCACAGAUCCUGUCCCGGUGUCCCACUUUUUGACUACAGAGUUCUACUCCCUGAACUACAGCCUCCGCCAGCGCAUGGACAUGUUGGACGUUCUGGCCACAGCGGCUCAGGAACUCUCCCGGCCCAUCCCCCCUAAACCAGAGCGCCUCCCGGGUGUCAAGCAGCCCAGCAUCCACAUCCUCUCUGGAGAGAAUCCAGAUCCUUCAGACUGGCGACGAGUUGUGGAAGAAAGGAUCAGAAGCAAGACCCGACGGUUUGCAAAGGGCCCAUCUCGAGCAGAGCUGCCGUGCACUCCCAACAAGUUUGGCCCCGUUGCUGGCCAUUUCUUCUUCCCGCUUCUUCAGAACUUUGACAGGUCUCUGGCCACCUUUGACCUCCUCGGUGACGAUCACAUGGUGCUCGGCCGGCUGGCGCACACACUGGCCAUCGUGAUGUACUUUGCUGUCAACGCAGCGGUAGCAGCUGUGAUGGGAAAGGCACUGCUUGAAUUCGUUUGGACCCUUCGCUUUCACACAGAUGCCUAUGUGCGCCAGGGCCUUCUGUCUUCGGUUUCUUCUACACUUCUCAGCAUCCCUGCCGAACACCUUCUGGAAGACUUGUCAGAGGAACUACUGGAGACUCAGGCCUGGCUGGCAGAUGUGGCAGAGAGGGACCCGGAUGGCAACUGCAGGAGUCUGGCGCUGCAGAAUCUGCUCCUGAUGGAAAAUUUGAAAAAGAAACUGGAAACGGUUCCUUUCGAGUGAAGACGGCUCGAUGACAGAGGUGUUUUCCCACAUGGGGAUGGGCUUGUGCCGUUUCCCUCUGGCCGCUUCAUCUGCCAGCUCAGCAUAGCAGCCACGGGACUUCCACUGGGACUUCCACAAGGCAUUUGCCCGCGUUUUCCCUGCCCCGCCGCCCCUGCGGCAGUCAUUCUCCCCCUUUUGGAAUUGACCGUUGACAGUCAGAGCAUUAGAACAGCAUAAUGAUCUACCAACUAGUUCUUCUGAAUCUUAGCUUUGAUUUUUAAAAAAGUAUCUGUCCCUUUAUUGCAGACGGCAUCUCUUUGCAAUGAACAGGGCUGGAAGUUUGCUUUUUUUAAUGAAAGCUGGCAAUGCAGAUACUCUGAUAUGCUGUUAUAAUGCUGUAACACUGUGGCUGUGGGGCCGGGCAGGUGGGGGGGGGGCUACUCUCCCAGCCUUCACGCUCAAAGUGGUAUAAGUUCCACUGAACUAAUUUAAGUGGACUCUUAAGGCAGCCUGUCUUGCAAUGUACUGAAUGACUCAGGUACUAGCAUUUCUCAAAAUAACACUUUAAAUCUACAUUCAGGCAGAAAAUUAAACUUUCCCCCCUACAAAACGAUUGUUU